AUGACAGUGAGCGAGCCUGAGCAGAAUUUGGAGCUUCUGAGGCGGCGAGUGCUAGCGAAUUUGUCCAACAGAACAAGCUCUGGGCUUGCCAAGGUUCGUCUCAACAACGUUGAAAUGGAGCAGGUCCAGAUAUACAAGAUGUUGGAGAACACCAUCAAAUUCAACGAGGGUAAGUCCUGUCUGGUGAUAGGUCCUCGCGGGAGCGGGAAGACGACCAUGGUGAACAAUGCGCUACUGGAUCUCCAGGAGAAGUUUCCGAACAUGUUUUAUGUGAUUAGAAUCAGUGGAUUCUAUCAAAGUGACGACAAGAGCGCGAUUAAGGAGAUUGCAAGGCAGCUUGAUUGGCAUUUGCUCAGGCAUUCGGGCAACUGGAGCGUUUCGUUCGAACGGUUUUCUGCCAACGAAACCAUGAACAGUGUGAUGAGCGUUCUGGACGGCAGCCAGCUGAUGGAGGGGAAAGAUCAGAAUGGAGACAACGACGAGAUGCAGAUGCCUAUUAUCUUUGUGAUCGACGAGCUUGACAGGUACACAAAUGAUGCCAAACAGACACUAUUGUACAAUCUAUUUGAUGUGGCUCAGUCUUCGUCGAACUCUCACGCCGUGGCCGUCAUUGGACUAACCACCGUCACCGGUGUCCGAGAGCAGUUGGAAAAAAGGGUAAAGAGUAGAUUCAGUCAGAAGGUGAUUCAGCUGACGAAGCCCAGGCAGCUGGCGGAGUUCUGUGACAGCGUCUACUGUAUGAUCUCUGUCGACCCUGACGACUUUGAACCGUUGAUGUUCGAUUUGGCGCAGAGAUACAAUGCACACAUGAAAGUGCUACUUGGUGGGCCAAGCGAGCUCCGCAAGCUGGUUGUCCACAACUUCUACACAGUCAAAGAUCUUAACAUUCUCAAGAGCCAGCUAACGCCUUACAUUGCGAAAAUGGACAUGACUACAUUUUCCGGGGGGCCGAUCCCUAAUGUGAACACCAACAACCGCAGCUUUCAAAUUUUGUCGAGCCUCAGUGAGCUGGAAUUGAAGCUCGUCAUCUGUGCCGGCCGUCAGCUGCUCAAGAACUCCAUGGACCAGGUCAAUUUCAACAUUGCAUACGAGGAGUUUGAGAAAAUCUCGAGCUCCCAAACGAAUACGCUAAAUUCGCAGCUUCAAACAAUGGGACGCGUGAAACUCGAUUCGGCACACCAUUCACGGGACCUGAUGCUCGCGUGCUGGGAGCGUCUCAUUCAUUACGGACUUCUGGUGGAGCCGAUCAGGCAGAUCAAUGGAAUCAACUCGAGUUUCUACACCGGAGGAGAAUCAAAUAAAAUGUUUCAUCUGGACGUGACGGUAGAGGACGUCGCGCGGCUUUUCCGCCAUACAGAUUGGGUCACCAAGUGGUGCAGAAUAUAA